GUUAAAUAAUAUUAUCAAAACUUAUAUGGUAUUAAAAAAUAUUUUAACGCACCUGGAAACUGAAAGAACCGGCAAGCUGCCGCCGUGUGUUGAUAUAAGGUCGAUAGCCUCCUCGAAUUUACUGUAGAUGAAGGAAGGAAGUAAAUAGAAUCAACGAACAGCAGAGGUGGUAUCUAAAAUCAAUUCGCAAUUAUGCGCUCCAUAUUGCAAACAGUAUAAAUAUGUAUUAGCUAUACUGUCCAUGUUGGGAUCCGAUCCAUGUAAAACAUAAGACGUCGAGUGUCCACGAACAAAAAUGCGGCGCUUGAACAACCUUGUAACCCUUUUCACUGCCAUAACUGCCUUCUUUUUUGGAAGUUUUAUUACAAAAAUACUGAGUUCAGUGGACAAAUGCCCGUCCCACCGGAGUGGAGUGCCUAAAUUGGAGCCGCAUCCAGAUCUGUUUCUCAUGGUGCUAGUGCUUAGCAGCCCCCGCAAUGUUGAACAGCGGAAUAGUAUUCGAGAGACCUGGCUUCGAUUGGUGCAGCCCCUCCAGCAGCCAUACUAUCCCGAAGAUCACAUCUACUUGCCUACCUAUGGCUCCAAUGGGCACUUGCAAAUGGAAUUGGUCGCUCAGCAGGCCGUCCGCUUAAGGAAAUAUAUAAGCUGGCAAGAGAGCCUAUUAAGCAAAGGUUCACAAAAAACUCAGCGGAAGAUUAAAGUAAAGCAUCUCUUCGCGAUUGGCACUGAGCAGAUACCCGGCGGCAUGAAGUCUGAGUUGAUAAGAGAGCAGGAGCAGUACAACGAUCUCUUACUGCUCCCACGGCUCGCAGACACCUACGGAAAUCUCACAGAGAAAUUGCUGCAGGCCCUGGAUGCUUUGACGCAUCACUUCAAUUUCUCCUAUUUGAUCAAAGUAGACGACGAUACCUACGUCAAAUUGGACCAUUUGCUCAACGAGCUGAUUUCCUACGAUCGCAAGAUGCUCCGCAAGACACCCGAAUACGGGCACGACCCCCUGCCGCAGCUCUAUUGGGGCUACUUUAAUGGUCGUUCAGUGGUCAAGGGAAAAGGUCCCUGGAAGGAGACUAAUUAUUAUCUGAGCAAAAACUAUUUACCCUAUGCUCUAGGCGGUGGAUAUGUGCUAUCCCGAAAGCUCUGCGAGCAUGUCGUUAAUAAUUCUCAUGUGCUCUCCACGUAUGUGUCGGAAGAUGUGUCGGUUGGUACCUGGCUAGCUCCGCUGCGGCAUGUUUAUCGCUGGCACGAUCCCCGAUUUGAUACUGCCUAUAGGGCCCGAAAGUGUCAAACGUAUCACUUGCUCAUGCACAAACGAACCGAGGAAAUGAUGAGAGCAAUCUACCACGGCCAAACGUGUAGCGGAAUUGGCCCGAGCACCAUACUGGAGUACUACUACGAUUGGACGCGGACCUCAGAAAAAUGCUGCGAUAGCAUAGUUGUCUAGCCGUAAGACUGGCGUAUGGCAUAUGGUACAUGGCUUCAACCAAUGAAAAGGAAUCAGUUACCUGUGCUUUAUCAGCCACUCAACACGAUCGUCCGUUUCUAUAAGACUGGCCACCACUAUGUCCUUGGGAGCCACAAUAAAAUACCGAUUCUCUUCAAUUAUGCAGCCUAGGCUGUAGUCGUUGACGGUGUACUCCUCGAAGCCGCGGAGCGUCAGACUGUCUGUGCAGAUCUCUUUGCUGCUGUUCAUCUUGUACUCAAUGACGCACAGCACGGGUCGGAGCGCUUUGUAGGUUGCGCUGCGCUCUUUACGAUAGCCAAGUACCACUAACUGACUGGACGCCAGUGGGGCCAGUCCACAAAUGUAGAAAGUAGUUUGAAAUGUCGAGACUGUAAUGCAAUAAAUAUUAUUAGAUACGA